AUGUGGGCGCAUUGCAUUAUUCUCUGUGAAAGUGCUUGUGACAUUGUGGCUAUGUCUGGGAGAGGAAAGGGCGUUGGUGGGAAAGCUCGCUCCAAGGCGAAGUCUCGGUCGUCCCGGGCUGGCCUGCAGUUCCCGGUGGGCCGUGUUCAUCGGCUCCUGAGAAAGGGUAACUAUGCUGAGCGUGUGGGUGCCGGAGCGCCGGUCUAUCUGGCUGCGGUGCUCGAGUAUCUCACGGCUGAAAUCCUCGAGCUGGCCGGUAACGCUGCCCGGGACAACAAGAAGACCCGCAUCAUCCCCAGGCACCUCCAGCUGGCCGUGCGCAACGACGAGGAGCUCAACAAGCUGCUGGGAGGGGUGACCAUCGCUCAGGGUGGGGUGCUGCCUAAUAUCCAGGCCGUGCUGCUGCCCAAGAAAACCGCCGCUGGGGGCGCCACUAAAAAGUGAAGAGACCGUUAUUUCAUCUGACGACCCAAAGGCUCUUUUAAGAGCCACCCACAGUAUCUGUGAAAGAAACUAGACCGUCACCACUGCCGAGUUAAUUUUAAUUUCCGGUAACACAAUAUUCACCCUGCCAUCAGUUAGUGUUACUGAGCUAUAACCGCCUGGACGGAAUGUAUCCAUGCGGCAGAUUCCUGUAAUUGCAUUGGAAAGAUCCGACACUCGUGGAGGAACAUCAAUAAAUUUAGAAAUCGGGAAAUAAUGACCCCGGUAGCCGCAAAGCGACUCAGUAUCUGUUGACAUGAUGUCUUCGACCCUGCAGUACUGUACCCCCUCCGCAUGUGCUUUCUUUCCUCAUCUCGGGUCUCUGCUCCCAAAAUGAGGUUUUGGGUGGCUCUGAAGAGAGAAUGGCGGUUGUAUGUUUAGAACUGAAGGAGUUAUUGAACGUGUGCUGUAUUUUGUGACCAAUGUUUGAUUUAAAGAUUUGAGAUUGUUUCAUUUGUUUUAUUUCAACAUUGGUUUUUUGAUGAAUGAGCUGAAACGAGUAUUUAAAACAAACUAGCAUCUAAUCGAUGGUUCUGGCGAUUUAAGUCUAGGAUUACUGAUACCAAUGUUCAUGGACUAGAAUUUAAUCGAGUGGAUUGGGGUGAUUUAUAUCGAGAUAUG